AUGGGCAAGGACCAUGAAGACGGCGAGCACACAAGGGUCCGGUGUCUGAUAGACGUGGGGCGCUACGUGGUGGCGGCCGUGGUGGCUGCACUCACCGUGGCCGUCAUCGCCGGGGCUGUCGCCGUAUCGGUGCGCUCCGACAAGCUCUACAUCCAGCUCGUCAACGGAACCGUGAGCGGCUCCGUCAACACGUCAGCUUCGCCUACCCAGGUGACUCUGUCGCUCGGCCUCGUCUCGUCCAACCCCAGCGCCCGCGUCGGCAUCAAGUACCAGGGCGUCAAUGUAACCCUCCUCUACCACAACGGCAUGCCCAUAGCUUGGAUUGCCUUGGAUGGCAUAGAGGUGGGGCCACAGCUCGCGCGUGAUUUGUUCGUAACGACGAUCCUUGACGUGCCGGCCGACGUGUCGCCGGAGUUCGCCGCGAUGAUGAAGGAGCGCAACGGGCCACGGAGGGUGGAGAACGCCAUUAUGUACGUGAACGGCACGAUCCACACGCAGAUCUCUGGCCUCAACUACACGCAGGGCGGCAGCCCAACCGAGUACGUCUGUUCCCCGGUGACCAUCGGCGUGGUCUCGCGGGACCUGCAUGCCGGCGAUGUAUCUUGCUACCAGCUGCCAAGCUCUAGAUAGCUAGAUUCUCCACUUUCCUUGCAAGUCCAAGGGGAACAUGUAGUACUACCUUUUAUUUGCAAGUCCAAGGGCUACAUACAAAUGCUUACUUAAAAUUUUUACGUACAAACUGAUGUGUAGGAUUGUGAUUGGUAAUUGGGGGAUGAGGGCCUCACCCCCACUGAAAAUAAGAGGGGGGGAGAAGAAUUAGUUUAGAAGGUUAAGUAAACCUUUGUAAGUUUUUGUAGGUCCAGCGUUAUUGGUGUGUGUUGUAUUCGAGGGCUUUACUUCGCUU